AUGACUAUUGAGGAUUUUGAACCGAGCUCAUCCAAUCCCAGUGGCAUUUACGGCCAGACAUGCAACAUGCUGAUUUUUAGACCAAACACGCGUGCCACAGGUUCCGUUUGCGAGCAGGUGGUGCAGUCGAGUUUUCCCAAGCCUCACGAGCUUGAUAGCAUCAGGAAAACCUUCUCCUCAGAGGAGCUCCAUGAGCGCGAUGCCAAAGGCAGUUGCGCCAUGAAGCGUUUGGCCCAACUGUUUAAGCGACAAAAGCUGGAGGUCACGCCGCUCCCCGAUGGCACUGCGGAGAUGAGGACUGCAAAAACAGAGCCUUUCUAUGAGGAGAUCAACAAGAGCGAGUUGGCCUUCCACUGGAAGUCCUUCGCGUUGCAACACGCUUGUAGCGAGGUCUUCCGCUCGGAUGCAGACAUGGUCCACCGUGCCAUGCAGAAGGAGUUCGAACGCUUGGCCUCCCACCUGCCUCAGGAGCACGACGAUGAGGUACAAGAGCUCCUUCGACGGGCGGUCAAGCGCGGUUGCCAAGCAUCACGCUUCUGCAGGGCUGCUCGCACCCAUCGGCCUCAUCAUGAGCUUUGA